CGCGCUAACAGGCUGACCAAUUAAAAGACGUCAGUGCCAGCGGGUAAAAAUCAAGGUCCCUGGAAGGGGGCCGAAAUUCGAAAAAUGCGCAAUGCGCUUGAUGCGAAUGCCAAUACGACUCUCUCUACAUGUUCUUUCACGAAGACACACAUCUCAGCUACACAAAUGCCCUCGCUCGAAUCUAGGAACCACUGAUGCAAAGAGCGGAGGACAGCAAAAGGGUUAUUUCAAGCCCAGCCAAAGCCAGGAUAUCGUGUUAUGCUGCAUCAUCUCCCAAUUUGAUAGUCGUACACUCCCAAGAUCCAACAAUCAUCGUGUCAGCAGCUAGAUGGCUCAAACAAAAUAGCAACACAUACACUGCCAUAACUCCACACAUGCCCUCGCCCGAAUCUAGGAAGCCACUGAUGCAAAGAGCGGAGGACAACAAAAGGUUUCAAGCCCAGCCGAAGCCAGGAUAUCGUGGUAUGCUGCAUCAUCUCCCAAUCAAUUUGAUAAUCUUACACUCCCAAAAUCCAACACAGUCAUCGUGUCAGCAGCUAGAUGACUCAAACAAAAUAGCAACACAUACACUGCCAUAGCUCCACACAUGCCCUCUUCCGAACCUAGCAAGCCACGAGGAAGUCAUGAGGGAGCCAAGCCCUGCUCGCAGGUUCUCUUGGCUUUCCUUCAGGUGAACACGUCCAGGAAUCCAGUAUCCGCAGCCGCCGCAGUAGUACUACUUACUGUACUCUGUGUAGUCUACUAGUAGCAGGAAAUCCAGGUUGUACCCACCCGUUGUCCAAACAAAGAUUUGUGAUUCCGUGAGAGAAGGAGAUACCACCGCCGUCGAAGGGUCGAAGGCACUGUCUGCCAGAUGUAGGCUGUGAGAUAGAUGGUGCCACCUAUGUGUCCUCAGCU